UCGGUCACUGCGUGGUUGGGCGGGGUGGGGAAGUGCGCGGGAGCUGGCCCGAGGUGUUGGGGGCCACCCUCCUCCCCUGCGGUCCAGGCACCAUUCACCAAGUGGGAGGAAGCGGCUCUGGGUGGGUGCGGCGGCCGCUGCGAGCCAAGCUACGGGCCGGGGACGCGCCUGAGGGACUUGAGAGUGUUCCGGGGGCGCGCUUUCUCCUGGUCUCCUGGGCCUGGCAACAGAGCGGAAAUUGGGAAGUGACGGGCACAAGCCGGAUCACGGAGCGGGGAAGAUUUCGCCACUUCCCCACUUCCUCUCCAGACGUCGGUCAGAUCAAGGGAAGAGGGAAAAGGUGGGGGCUGACGCCCCAAGGCCGCCCUCGUGUUCCCUCCUGGUGAAUGCUCACAAGCGGAAGGUAACGGGGCCCUUGGACGUUUCUCGGGCUGGGAUCUUUUAGUAUUGUCUGGCAUGGGUCUACUCAUGGGCACACUUACUCGUGGGUACAGGAGGGGCCCCUUCCGAACCACUUUGGCCUUUCAGUAUUAGGUAGGUUAGGCGUGGCAGCUCUGCGCAACUCCCUCAAACUUGGGUUUUUUCUUUGGGCUCAAUUUCAUAUCUAUCAACUGAAAACCCUGACCUUUUGCAUGUAGAAGGAAGCUUAUUUUAUGAAGAUCCCUUCUUCCUAGUCUUUACUUGCCAAGCCUGUGCCCCAGGGCAGUGUCAGUCUUUUAUAUAAGCUUGGUGACUUUGCAAGGGGACAUACUCUGGCUGAGAGAGUCAUGGGGAGGGGUAUGUAAAAGGUCUUUGUUAAACAUUGGCUGAACACGAUUUACUGAAUCAUUAGUUGUCAUUGCUUGAGUAGUCUAAUCCUCUGGGCAGAUCCCUAGUUUGCCUUUUGUUUGAGAAAAAUGUGUCACCAUAAUUUAGGCCUGAGUAGAGACUCAGUUGACUUUUUUCAUAGUUUGGGUUUUUAUCCCCUAAGGUCUUUUUCUUUUAUGUUGGCAGGAUUUGGUGGGACAGCCCUUGUGUUUGUGGCCAGUUUCUGUUCCCCUUGGGAACAGAUCAGAGUUAACUUUGCUCUGUCAUCUUUGAGGAAGCAACCUGGGAGCUAUCUCAUGCCUUACUCCUGGUGUUGGAUGCUUACCUACCGUACCCAUUCAUACUCUGUGUGAGCAGUUUUGAGGAUAGGAAAUACAUGUGAGGUACAGGUGCUUAUUUAUUCCCACCAAGAUACUUCAUUUGCUGUCCUGGAAAGGCACAUCUUUUGGGCCAUUCCAUAUCCUUUCUAUAAGUGGGGGGAAGUGUCCACUACUGGGAACAAUUCCUUGUUCUGCAUUAAUACUGCAUUCUAUUUUCCUCAACUCAGGUUAUGCAAGUCUACGACUAUCCAGAAUCGGGCUUUCCUGCUGGGUGCUCUGAGGCAGGCUGUAUGGUGCAUGGAUUUUUGGUUUUGUUUAGAGUAAAAGAGUGGGGAGGGUCUCAGAUUGGGUACUUGGCCAGCAAAUGGAGAGAGUAUAUGAGUCUUUGAGACCUUUCUGUUUAAUUGACCUACCAAGUUUCUUUUGUGGUUCUUAGGCUUGGUAACUACUGGAUUGGGAGUCUAGAAUCCAGCUCAUAUGAUCAAGAAGUUUGCUUGCAGGUGGUAGAGAAAGCCAAAAAAUUGCCCGAAUUUGCUCGGGAUUGACACCAAGUGACAGUGGGGGUGAAGUGCAUAAUAACUGCACAUGGUUUUAGAACUCCUAGCUGACUUCCUGUGAGAGUUAGAGGGAAAGUUUGUGCAUUUUGUCCCUUUGUAAACACUUGAUUAACAGAAGUGCAUUGGUUUUCUCAGGCAGUGGUAUUUAGCUGUUAUUGUUAUUCUGAUAUGUAACACAGCUCCUCGUAUACUUUAAUGUAAGACACUGUGGGAAAGAUUGAGCAUCAUAUCCUCUACUGAUGCCUUCUUAUCUCUUUGAGAUGAAGGAAGGUGAAGUUUUAAAGUUGAGAAUGUAAUAGAAGAGCCUGGCUGUAUAACUAGCUUACUCAUUUCUUGGGCUAGAAAUAAAUGGUCAUUUGAUUGAGUCUCCCAGUGUUGACUGUCACGUCUUUAAAAAGCAUAGAAGCUUGAUAUUUAUUGCACAGGACAACCAGCUCUGUUUUAUUUCACAGGAAAAAAAAAACAUAGUUGCUUGGUUACUUUCUAGGAGCUUAUAUAUGAUUUGUAGAGCAGAAAUCACAACAGUGGAUUGCAGGCACUCUCCACAGCUACAUCCUGUUGGGUGUUCAAAGAUGAACAGCUUUAGGAACCACACCCAGACCAGGGGAGGUCUGAAAGGCUAAAGAGGAAAAUACCUCCUUUCCUUUUUUGUGCGUGACCGUUGUUUCUCAUACAGAGCUGUAUAGUUUCAAGUUAAAGAUUUUUGGUCUUCUCAGGAUAGGAUAACUCGUUUUUCUGGAUUUUCUUAACUUUAAUACUGGGAGAAUUGUGAUGCCAACAAGCCAUUAGAAGAUCUCAGCAAAACAUUACUUGUUAGUCCCAAUGCAGUGAUUUCCUUCAGAGGUUACCUUGAACUAGAGCUCUCCAGGGAGGUAGGUCCCUGGAGUUCUUCAGAUUUCUGGUUUUUCUUCAUUGUCCUAGCAGUAAUUGGGUUUCUGGGUGUCUUUGAUAGGACUAGGUCUGAGUUUGGCUGUUCACUGUGAUGGGGCUUAGUUAGCUCUGAUGUGACUGAGUCAGUUGGGCAACCUGUUAACACUUCCGUUAUCAGGCUUAGAAACUCCCUGAUAUAAUUUGGUUAUAAUUGUAUCAGAUGGCUAUUUUUUUUUUUGGAUUAGUUGUAUAGUUGAUCUGGGCAGUCAGUUGAAUGGCACAUGUGAAAUCUCAAUUUUCAAAUUUUACCACUUGGUUUCUUAAUAAAAUCCAGCUAAGUAGGGAGUAGACAAUGGGAUGUCUAGAUGCUUUGUAAACUCAUGGAAGUUUUUGUUGUGUGUUUUUCUUAGUUCAUUCUAGUGUCAGGAAUUUGUGGAUAGGAUAAUCAGGAACAUUAGUAUGGUGCCUGGAGGUUGCCCCCCUCCUCCAAGUUCCAGCAACUCUCCUGCUUUCUUUUCACUUUGAAUGGGCCCUUGUGCUUGCCAUUGCAUUCUCCAGGUGGUUUUGCCAUGGCCUGAGGGUUAGCUCAGCCUCUGCUUCUUUUAGAGAUCUUAGACUGCCUGCUGCUAUUUUUAGCUCACUCUAGCCAAAGUGAAGAUGAGAAAUCUGAGGACAAUUCUAGUGCACCGUGGCUAGGCUAAAAGAAACAAGUGGCUUUUCACAGUCAUUAGAUACGGCUAUGGCCAUGGGAGUUUGGGGACUUAGAGUUGUGAUAGUUGUUUUGUUCUUUUAUCAUCUGUGGCAUGUUCUAAGUUUGCAUGUACAUAACAUUGUGUUUUAUUAGAGACAAAAGACAAUAUUCUGUAGGGAAAUAAGCCUCUGGUUAUUCUUAGGUUUGAAUAAUCAUAAUUCCUUAUCAUUCUAUAGUAGCUAGUUAUACAGGGUACUUUUGUAUUCUCACUUCACUCUCCUAAUUUUGAGGUAGGUAGGAUAGAUUUGUCAGGUAAGGAAACACAGGGUAAGUUCCUUAAGAUCUUGUAGCAAGUCAGUGAUAUCUGGAUCUAGAAAUGAGGCCUUUUAGUUCUUAGCUUGGUAUCCCUUUUGUGCUAUACCACACUUUUGACUUCUAUUAAUUGUAUUUUUAUUCCCAUUAUUAUGAGUUUGGUGGCAUUGCCUUCAAAUCCAGUGAAAUGGACUUGUUCUAGAGGAGCAGCUUGAGAGGGCAUCUGGUUUGUAAGUUUCUAAAAAAUUGGGACAUUUGUUUGGAGGCUAGUAAAAGAAUUUAUCUUGGAGAAUGGAACUUUAAUAUUAAAGUUUUCAUCUGGGUAGCUCUUCAUUUCUUAAACUGAUGUGAUAGAGUUUGGAUCCUGGUACUUGGAUUCUGUCUUUAAGUAGCCACAGCUUGAGAAUGGGGUUAAGUGUAGGGCUUUAUUUCCUAGGGGUAGUAUCCUGCCAUUGUUCUUCAGUUCCUGCUUGCACUGUUUUGGUUUGUGAGUAUGGACUUGAAUGAGAAUUUCUUCCCGCUUCUCCCCUACCUAAAGUUUUCCCCUUCUAUGUGGCAGAUCCUGUCUUAGAUCUUCUCCCACCACUGCUCAUUCAGAUCUUACUGAGAGCCUCAGGGAUAACCUGCUUAGCAGACCCUGCUAGCUGCAGUCAUUGCAGCUUCUUGCCUUAUAGCUGAGAAACCAGAUUUGUCCUGCAAGCAGUCUGUUCUAUAAACAGAAGCCCAAGGGGUAGGUAUAGCUUUGUCCUGUAAAGAGGAAACAGUGGAGGAUGUAAUAUGGCCUGGGACAACAGUGGGCUUGGGCUUGAUCUCAGCCAGUAGGCUUCAUUUCUGUUCCCAUAACUCAUUGGCUUAUGUGGGUCCAUCUUCUCCCCUUCUGAGCCUAAAUUUUCAGUCAUAUUUCACAGUCCUGCCUUAUAUGUUGACUUCUCAGGGAUAGACUGGUAUAGCAAAGUGACAUUGGAAGAGCUGAUAUUCUGGUCCUGGCUCUAAUAAUUUGAUUUGGGGCAAGCCGUAUAAAAACUCUGAGCAUGCUUGCCCACCUGUAACAUUGAGAUAAUGAUCCUUUGCCCUGCCUACCUCAUAUCAUUAUUGUGAGGCUCAAAUGAGGUCCUGUGCCUGGAAGUGCCUUGAAAACUUGGGAAAUACUGUGAAAAAAGGGGCAGAUCAUAUUGGAGGAAUUUUGUGAACCGCUUGCUUGUUGCAUUCUAACUCUCUUGCCUUAAUUGGACCUGGGCUGAGAGAUGGGUCAUGCUAAAAUGUGAGUGGUCUUUUCCAGUGUUUGAGAGCUAAUCUUCAAAGGUGAACAUUAAGUGUUUGAUGAGCUUGGGUUGAGAAUGCUGAAUAAUUGAGUGGUCCAGAAACUCUUUUUGCGUUUUGUUCUGCUGGUUUAUACUUACAGGACCUGUGAAGAAUUUUUAUCCUGUGUUGCAGUUCAUCUUUGCUCUUCCUUCUCUCACCAGGAAGUUGGACUACGCGUUUGUUCACAUGGAGAAGGAAGCAGAUGCCAAAGCCGCCAUCGCGCAGCUCAACGGCAAAGAAGUGAAGGGCAAGCGCAUCAACGUGGAACUCUCCACCAAGGGUCAGAAGAAGGGGCCUGGCCUGGCUAUCCAGUCUGGGGACAAGACCAAGAAACCAGGGGCUGGGGAUACGGCAUUCCCUGGAACUGGUGGCUUCUCUGCCACCUUCGACUACCAGCAGGCUUUUGGCAACAGCACUGGUGGCUUUGAUGGGCAAGCCCGUCAGCCCACACCACCCUUCUUUGGUCGCGACCGCAGCCCUCUGCGCCGUUCACCUCCCCGGGCCUCUUAUGUGGCUCCUCUGACGGCCCAGCCAGCCACCUACCGGGCCCAGCCCUCAGUGUCGCUGGGAGCUGCCUACAGAGCCCAGCCUUCUGCCUCUUUGGGUGUCGGCUAUCGGACUCAGCCCAUGACAGCCCAGGCAGCCUCUUACCGCGCUCAGCCCUCUGUCUCCCUUGGGGCCCCAUAUAGGGGUCAGCUGGCUAGCCCUAGCUCCCAGUCUGCCGCAGCUUCCUCACUCGGCCCAUAUGGUGGAGCCCAGCCCUCAGCCUCAGCCCUCUCCUCCUAUGGGGGUCAGGCAGCUGCGGCUUCUUCACUCAACUCCUAUGGGGCUCAGGGCUCCUCCCUUGCCUCCUAUGGUAACCAGCCAUCCUCUUAUGGCGCCCAGGCUGCCUCUUCCUAUGGGGUUCGUGCGGCUGCUUCCUCCUAUAACACCCAGGGAGCAGCUUCCUCUCUAGGCUCCUAUGGGGCUCAGGCAGCCUCCUAUGGGGCCCAGUCUGCAGCCUCUUCACUAGCUUAUGGAGCUCAGGCAGCUUCUUAUAAUGCCCAGCCCUCAGCCUCUUACAAUGCUCAGUCUGCUCCAUACGCUGCACAACAGGCUGCUUCCUACUCUUCCCAGCCUGCUGCCUAUGUGGCACAGCCAGCCGCAGCUGCUGCCUAUGCCAGCCAGCCAGCUGCCUAUGCUGCACAAGCCACUACCCCAAUGGCUGGCUCCUAUGGGGCCCAGCCGGUUGUCCAGACCCAGCUGAAUAGUUAUGGGGCUCAAGCAUCGAUGGGCCUUUCAGGCUCCUAUGGGGCUCAGUCGGCUGCUGCGGCCACUGGCUCCUAUGGCGCCGCAGCUGCCUACGGGGCCCAGCCUUCUGCCACCCUGGCAGCACCUUACCGCACUCAGUCGUCAGCCUCAUUGGCUGCUUCCUAUGCUGCCCAGCAGCAUCCCCAGGCUGCUGCCUCCUAUCGUGGCCAGCCAGGCAAUGCCUACGAUGGGGCAGGUCAGCCGUCUGCAGCCUACCUGUCCAUGUCCCAGGGGGCCGUUGCCAACGCCAACAGCACCCCGCCGCCCUAUGAGCGUACCCGCCUCUCCCCACCCCGGGCCAGCUACGACGAUCCGUACAAAAAGGCUGUCGCCAUGUCGAAAAGGUAUGGUUCCGACCGGCGUUUAGCCGAGCUCUCUGAUUACCGCCGUUUAUCAGAGUCGCAGCUCUCGUUCCGCCGCUCGCCGACAAAGUCCUCGCUGGAUUACCGUCGCCUGCCCGAUGCCCAUUCCGAUUACGCACGCUAUUCGGGCUCCUAUAAUGAUUACCUGCGGGCAGCUCAGAUGCACUCUGGCUACCAGCGCCGCAUGUAGGGCCAUCCUGGGGAUGGGGUACCACAGGGAGGGAGGGAGAGGAGAGGUGGGUAGGAUACAGACCCAGGUUAUAACUACUCUGGCCCAUACGUCUCCCCGUUGCUCCCUGUUGCGGUUUUUCAUCCCCUCUACCAUGCGGGCCUUCCCCAGGAGAUGAUCCUUUGGAGUGUUCGGCAGUAACCUACUUUGUUCCUUCGCCUCAGCAGCAAAUCUUGCUACUGGCUCUAGAUCUGCGGUUUCCCUUUUACCCUGCCUCCCAUCUCCCCAGAAUGGGAGUUUCUUUUAUGUUUUUAUUUUUUCCUGGCUCCCUUUUAUUUUUGUGCGCGAUUAUUUAAGGUCGUCUGGAUGGGGAAACAACCUGCAGCUGAGGUCGUCGGCGCCUUUUUCUUUUUAGUUGUGAGGGAGGCCAGGAAAGGGUUAGCUUAACCAUUUCCUAUGCGCCAAGCUGUGCCAGCAGUCCAGGGGGCCCUGACCGUCCCUCUGUAGACUGUGUUGAGACUGAGUUCCUGUUGGGACAGUCAGUUGGUAUGUGUCCAAAUCCCUACUGACCACUGAUGUUCUAGCUGAUGGUGAGCGGCACAGUCCCACUUCCCCAUCUCCCCAAGUAGGUGGUAUUAGAAAACCUUAAUUUUUUUCCCCCUUUUGUAUGGACUACAAAUAAAACUUGGGGCAAUUUGCAGUUUGGAAA